AUGAUUGAACAGGAAGUGAAGCACAUGAAGACAAAAACAGACGAGUCUUUAGGGGAGAAAAUCCCACAAGCAAACUUUCGACGUCUUUCAUUUGACCACUGCAGCUUGUCCCUUCAGCCCUUUGAGUACCCCGUGUGCACGGAGGACGGAGUUGUGUUUGACCUGCUGAGCAUCGUUCCCUGGAUAAAGAAGUAUGGAACUAACCCCAUCUCUGGAGAAAAGCUGGAAGCAAAGUCCCUCAUUAAACUGAACUUUGCCAAGAACAACGAAGGAAAGUAUCACUGCCCUGUUCUGUACAACGUCUUCACAAAUAAUUCUCACAUCGUUGCCAACAAGGUGACAGGAAACGUGUUUUCAUACGAGGCUGUUGAGCAGCUAAACAUUAAGACGAAAAGUUUUAAAGACUUGCUGACGGACGAACCCUUCACCAGGAAGGACAUCAUAACCCUUCAGGACCCCACAAACCUGGAUAAAUUCAACGUGUCCAGCUUUUUCCACGUGCAGAACAACCUGAAAGUGUUGGACCCAGACGAGGAGAAGGCCAAGCAGGACCCGGCGUACCACCUGAAGAGCACCAACCUGGAGACCAGAGAGACCUUAGCCGAGCUUUAUAAAGACUACAAGGGGGACCAGCUGCUGGCCUCCACCAUGAAGGAGCCGCAAGCAAAGAAGACGGACAAACUAAACGCU